UUUUUUCUCAUUUACAAUCCAUAUAAAAGAUCUCCAGUCUUUUGAAGUGAAUAGUUCAAGUUUAACUGGAAUACAAGACACAGGUUGACAGUAAACAUGAAGACGAUCCUAAUUUUAUGCGCGUUAGUAUCGGUCGUUGUUUGCCGACCGGAGGAAUACUAUAGCAGUCAAUAUGAUAAUUUUGACGUCGAGCAGCUGGUGGGCAACUUGCGCCUCUUGAAGAACUAUGCCAAGUGCUUCCUCGACCAAGGCCCUUGUACCGCCGAAGGAACAGAAUUUAAGAAAAGAAUCCCCGAGGCGCUUAGAACUAAAUGCGCCAAAUGCAACCCGAAACAGCGUCAUCUGAUCCGUACAGUGGUAAAGGCUUUCCAGACUAAAUUGCCCGACCUGUGGGAAGAGCUUGCCAUAAAGGAGGACCCCAAGGGCCAAUACAAACAGGAAUUUACUGCUUUCAUCAACGCCACGGACUAAAGAGGAAUGCCUACACGAAACUAAAUAACAAAGCUCGCUAUGAAACAUUGCCAUGAUACUUUGAAUGGGUUCUUUGAAGCAAACGUGCGCUAAAAUGUAUUGUUGCAACAUCACAUUAGUAUAUUAAAGGAUAUAGAGUUAAGGAUGCACAUAUAUGUUAAUUUAUUGAACAAAAUAAAACUACGUAGACUUA